GGAUGUUGCUCAUGCAGACCUCCGGUAACAGAUCAAGUCUUCUCUAUAUGCUGCAUUGUAAAUGCCUGUGAAGUUGCUACAGCGGAGCUAAUCCCUACCUCUAUGCUGUCCAUACGCUCGAAGUUAGACAUUAGUGUUGCUUGCGUAAAAACCUCACUUGUGUGAAUCUGCGCGCACAACAUAUAGAUCGAGUUUCACGAAACCGGCCGUGCCUCUCAUCGAAGGGCUAGGCUUCUGCUAUCAGCCAUGGCGGACUCACCAAUUCAGAGCCGGAAGCUCUGGGAUCCUGCCGAUCCCAAGAACACCCUUGCCUACAAAUUCAUGCAGCAUGUAAAUAGCAAGCGAGGACGCAAUCUACAAUCAUGGGACGAUCUUCACGCAUUCUCCGUCGACCAUCUCAACGAAUUCUGGGAAGAGGUUUUCCAGCAGCAUCCCAUCAUACAUAGUGGUAGCUAUAGUAGGGCUGUUGACGAGAACGCCCGUAUGGACUCGAUCCCGGCAUGGUUCGAGGGAGUCAAAGUCAACUUCGCAGAGAACAUUCUCUUUUGGCCAGACCCGCAGGAUCCUAGCAAGCAGACAACAACCCGGAAGCGAGAUGGUGCCAUAGCUUGUACCGAAGUUCGUGAAGGCUGUACUGAGAUCAAGAACUUCACGUGGAAGGAUGUUCGAGAACAUGUCGGUCUCCUCGCCAAUGCUAUGCGGGCACGCGGUGUUCGAAAGGGUGAUCGCGUCGCUGUCGUUGCGUCCAAUUCGUUCGACACUAUGACGGUGUUUUACGCUACAACCGCGCUUGGUGCCAUCUUCAGCAGCUCGUCGACCGAUAUGGGCACCAAGGGUAUUCUUGAUCGCUUGCGGCAGAUCAAGCCGAAGUAUGUCUUCGUCGAUGAUUGGGCGGUGUACAAUGGCAGGACCAUCGACCUGCGGCCGAAGAUGGCGGAGAUCGAGAGCGGGCUGAGAGAUAUCCAAGAAGUGGAGGGUCUUGUGAGCAUGCCGCGCUGGCACGAUAAGCCAGCUGACGUUUCCGGUGUGCCGAAGUGCGAGACGAUGGCAAGCUUUCUCCGCGCCGGCAAAGGCGAUGAGACUCUUCGUUUCGAGCGGAUCGACUUUUGCGAUCCGUUUAUUAUCGUGUACUCGAGUGGGACAACAGGGAUGCCGAAAUGCAUAACCCAUGCGGGAGGUGCUGUACUUAUCAACUCAAGAAAGGAGGCGAACCUUCACCGUGAUAACACGGCUUUCGAUGCGGAGGAGCUGUGCACUUUGCAGUAUACCACGACGGGCUGGAUCAUGUAUCUGACGAGUUGUCUAUCGAUGCUGGGCGGUGCUAGGGUAAUACUUUACGAUGGCUCACCCUUUCAGCCAGAUCUCACAACGUUCGUCAAGAUGGUGGGGGAGCAGAAAGUGACCGAUCUUGGUAUAUCGCCGCGGUAUAUGCAGACGCUCGCCACUGCGAAGCCGCCGGUGCUGCCGCGCGACGUCACAGAUCUGAGCCAUCUCCGCAGAGUAACCAGUACGGGCAUGGUGCUUUCGGAAGCCCAGUUCGAGUGGUUCUACGACCAAGGAUUUCCGUCACACGUUCAGUUGGCCAACAUCUCCGGAGGAACGGAUCUGGCUGCCUGCUUUGCCAUGGACACAACGAUGAAGCCUAUGCACUGCGGCGGUACCAUGACAGCAGCUCUCGGCAUGAAGAUUGAGGUUUUCGACCAAGAAAUUGAAGGUGGGAAAGGCAUCAAAGGCCGUCCAGUGUCCGGGGGCGAGUCGGGAGAGCUCGUAUGCACCCGAGCGUUUCCGACAAUGCCGGUGAAGUUCUGGGAUGAUCCGAAGGGUGAGAAGUACUUCAAUGCCUAUUUUGCUCGCUUCGACAACGCCUGGACGCACGGUGACUUCGUUUCGAUACAUCCGGAGAACAAGCAGAUACACUUCCAUGGUCGUGCCGACGGCGUUCUCAAUCCUAGUGGUGUUAGGUUCGGUAGUGCUGAAGUCUACAACUGCUUGGAUGCAAACUUCAACGAUGAAAUUCUGGAUAGUGUUUGCGUUGGUCAGCGGAGACCGCAGGAUAUGGAUGAGAGUGUGCUGUUGUUCUUGCUGAUGAAGCCGGGGAAGAAGUUCACGCAAGCGCUAGUGCGGCGGGUGAAGGACGCCAUUGCGAGGGAUGUCGGCAGGAGAUGCGUGCCGAAGUAUGUGUUUGAGACGCCUGAGAUACCCACAACCAUCAAUCUGAAAAAGGUCGAGCUCCCAGUGAAACAAAUCGUCUCUGGCAAGACGAUCAAGCCUUCGGACACCCUGGCGAACAAGGAGUGCCUGAAGUACUACUAUCAGUUCGCACAGGUGGAGGACGUUGUAAAGCCUCAGAGCAAGCUCUAAACCUAACAACUUGAUCAACUCGCACCUUAGCUGCAAUGUUUUCAACGACUUCACGAUUGAACAACGAGUUCAAAGUUGCAGGUUACUUUUCAUCUUCGAUCAUUCACAGCUUUGCUGUUCGAUCAUGUCACUGCGAGGAUGUCAGACUUCUGUUGACUCGAUCAAUCGGUCCACAUGGUAAAGGGGUUUGUUGAGAUGCUAAGUAAAUAUUGUUGUGUGCGUCGCGUGAGUUAAGGUAAGAGUAUUGCGGGCAGCCAGUGGGUUUCAUGUGCAUUCGGCUAAGCCUGUUGCAACCUAAGCGGCACGAGAACAAGAUCUGGAGACCCAC